GCAACAAACCAGCCAAGACUAUCUCUGUUAGGCUAAUUAGAAAGCCAGAAGAACAAACACCUAGAGGGAGAAAGGAAUCUGAAAAACACACUAAUUUUUCUGUUCGGUGCGGCCCGAGGCAGAGCGACAAUGGAAGAGACGUACCUGCUCAAUCACCAAGGCGUCAGGAAGAAAAUUCUGGCUGGAGGCACAGGACCACUGCCACACUUUCCACCUGGGACAAAGCUGGUGUUCCAUUUCCAGACUCUGUUGGACAACUUUGAGAGGACAGUCAUCGAUGACAGUCGACUGGCUGGCAGACCAGCUGAGAUCUUCGUCGGAAAGAUGUUCAAGAUGGAGGUCUGGGAGACCCUGCUGACGUCCAUGAGGAUCGGAGAGGUGGCCGAGUUCUGGUGCGAUGCCAUUCACACCGGCUUGUACCCCAUCGUGUCCAAGGGAAUGAGGAUGAUUGCUCAAGGGAAAGACCCCCUAGAGGGCCAGAGACACAUGUGUGGCAUGGGGAACAUGUUCCACUAUCACUCAACUGGUUUCCCAGAGCUAGAUGAGAUAAUGCGAACUCCUCAGCCACUGAUAUUUAUCAUGGAGCUGUUGCAGGUAGGAGACCCCAUGUCCUACCACCGAGAGUCGUGGAUGAUGGAAAAGGACGAGAAGCUGCAGACGGUGCCAUCUCUCCACAUGCAGGGCAAUGCCCUGGUCAAGCAGAGACGAUUCAGAGAGGCUGCAAGCAAGUACAAAGAAGCUGUCCUGUUGCUGAAAACGGUCCAGUCCAGGGAGAUGCCAGGGGAUGUGGACUACAUUAACCUGGGUCGAAUGAUUGUCCCCCUGGAGUUGAACUACUGUCAGUGUAUGUUGGAGCUGGAGGAGUAUUAUGAAGUCAUAGAGCACACAACUGAACUGCUGGAGAAGCACAAAGACUGCGUGAAGGGCUACUACAAGAGAGCCAAGGCCCACGCUGCCGUGUGGAACGAGAAGGAGGCCCGCCGAGACUUCAACAUGGUGGCCCACCUGGACGUCACUCUGGCCCAGCUCGUCAGCCGAGAGCUGAAGGCGCUGUCGGAGCGCAUGAGGGAGAAGUACUGGGAGGAGAAGGAGCAGUACUGGAACAUGCUGGGGAAAAAGGGGAAUAAAAGUGAUGGAGAGGAGGAGGAGGAGGAGGAGGAGAAAGAGGGGCGUGACGGUGAGGAGGAGAAAGAGAAGGAAGGGGUGGAAGAUGGAAAGCAAGGCAAUGAAAGUGAGGUGGAGAAGGAAAGUGGUUCAGAAGUUCAGAGAGAUGACCUCAAAGAGAAGAAGAUUACACCAACUGAGGGAACCGGCGUUAAGGAGGAAACUUCUUCUUCUUCUAUCGGUCUAAAUGCCUGUGACAAAACAGAGGGGAAGGACUGGCAGCAGAUGUUAAGGCUGAUCAUGUUGCUGCAGGACGAGGGAAACUUCCUCAUUAAAGAACAGCACUUUGAAGAAGCUGCCGUGAAGUUCAAAGAGGCUAUAGAAUAUGUGGACUUCCUCCAAAACAAGCAGGUGGAUCAGGGCGGCGAGGACUGGGAGUCGCUGGAGAAGGUGCGCCUUCCCCUGAGCCUCAACCUCAGCCACUGCAUGCUGGAGCUGGAGCAAUACCAGCAAGUGGUGGAGCUCAACGACAAGCUGCUGAAAAAGCAUAAAGGCACCUUUAAGGCAGUGUACCAAAGGGCCCGAGCGCACGCCGCUCUGUGCAACGGGGAUGAGGCUCGGAGGGACUUCGGCACGGUCGAGAGACUGGACCCGAAGUUCAAACCCUUUGUUCGCCAGGAACUGAAAAAGCUGUGCGAGAACCUUCGCGUGAUGAACGCCCGCAAGAACAAGACUUACUGGGAUGUGACUCAGGAGAAGUGGGGGCCUCAUGGAAGCAAGGCCAAGAGCGCAGCAAGCAAGAAGAAUGUGAAAUUUUCUCAGAAAGCCGCGGACGAAAAAACUAAAGCGGGUAAGAAGACUGAAGACAGUAAGAAUAAAGAAGAGGAAAGCUUAGAGAAAGCCCCCCCUGCUGUGAGAGAGGAAGUGGAUGACACAGAAACAGAGAAAAAUCCAGAUGUGAAAGCAGAGCGGAGUAAUGAAGAGUCGGAGUGUGGGAAAGCAGGAGGAGAAGGGAUAGAUGAUGAAAACGCAGAGCGGGUCGAGGGCCUUGAAGCCGGGCCACGUGCACCAGAUAAUCAAGCAACAGAUAAAGAUAGCGGCGCUGCGCCCACGAGCUCAGGCAAAGAUAAUGCAGCGAGCAAGAGAUCAGCGCGUGACAAGGCCAGAAAGAAGGUCAAACGCCAAUCACAGGCUGCACCGGACCCAGGCCCAACGAGCUCCGGGAACAAAGCCACCAGCGGCGGAACUGAAAGCGGCCGCACUCCAUCAGUGUAGCUCACUGGGUCGAAAUGAUCCCCUGUAAAACCAAAGGUCACCGAGAAAACCGGGGACAAAGAGACAAACAGAAUAGAUGAAAAAGCAGCGUGUGUAGAGGAGGAAAUACGUCAUAAAGAAAACAAGCCUCAAAACAGGAAAUAUUGAUUCUGCCACGAACAAAUACAGAUA